AUGACAGCAAGAAUACGACAAAUCUUAGUCAAGGAAGUGGUAUCAUUAUUUGAUCUUAAACCAGGUGUAGUGGAAGAUGCUGAUGAUGAUAUGACUACUGGGCUUGAUGACAUUCGAUUGACCAGCAACAACAGCAAUAUCGAUCCACAACAACAAAAGAAACAAGAAUAUGGAUACCCAAAGGAAGAAUUAAACUCAGCGGUUGGUUAUACGGCUCAAAUGUUGGAUCUAAUUGUACGUUACCUGGGCAUUAAGUUACCAUUUGAACUUUAUCGUAAAGGUAUCCAUAUUUAUAUUCAUUCUAUACCUCAUUCAAGUUUAUAUCCUAAUCAAAGCAAGAAACCUCUUUUCUUGGAAGAUGACAAAAAUUUUCGCAAGUUCUUGACAGGUGUCUCCAUGUUGAAUUACGAUAUUGCUUAUCUUUGUUAUACCCAAGGUGCUCAUAUUCCUCUCAGUCAGGUGGCAAAUACAUUACAAAAUCUCAUGAUUUGUUGUAAUGCUCCAAGUUUAGGAUUGUAA